CUCCCCGGGAGGGAAGAUGGCGGCGGCGGGCGGGGGGGCCGCCGCGGUGUCGGUGUUGGCCCCCAGCGGGCGGCGGGUCACGGUGCGGGUGGGGCCCGGCACGGUGCUGCUCCAGAUCCUCGAGGAGGUGUGCAGGAAGCAGGGCGGCAGUCCCGCCGAGUACGGCCUGAAGUUUCAGAGAAGUGUGUUGGAUCUCACUUUACAGUGGAGAUUUGCCAGACUGCCCAACAAUGCCAAGCUGGAGAUGGUGCCAGUCUCUUGUAAUAGAGCGGGAAUUGGAAACACGGUUCGGAUUGCACUGCAGUUAGAUGAUGGCUCCCGUUUGCAAGAUACCUUUCUCUGUCAGCAGACCUUGUGGGAACUUCUGAACCAUUUUGCAAAGACCAGGGAGUUUCUGGAACAGCAUGGUGAAUUCUGCCCGGUCUGUAUUUACAUGCGAGAUGAGAUCUCAGGAAAAGAUGCACUAGAGAAGACAACGCUGAAGUCACUUGGUCUGACAGGAGGCAGUGCUAUUGUCAGGGUUGUCAUGAAGAAAUGCAGUUCAUCUGGUCAGGAGGAAGCAGUGGAUGCCACAGCACAGUGUGAUGAGCCAGUAGUAAGGCCCAGCUCUACUGAAGGAGCAGUGGAUGUGCCCCUACCUCAGACACAGACAUUCCCUGCAGUCUUGGAUCACAGGGAUGAGGCCUUGUCUAUAAACAACUGCACGGACGAGCAAGACUCUGUUAGAGAAUCCAAUGCCAGCUUGGAGGAGCCGUGUCCUCCCUCAGAGUCCAAGUCUACCCCGUUUGUCCCUUUUUUUGGAGGUGGGCAACGUCUGGGGGACUCUUCUGUGUCUGCACCACCUCUCGAGUUAGAUAUGCCAUCUUCAGAGCUGCCAACAACUUUCUCUAGCCCUGGAGGCCCUUCUAAGCCAAAGAAGUCUAAGAACAGCCAAGAACUGCAGAAGGAACAAGAGCAGCUUGUAGAACGAGAGCCACUUCUGUGUCACCCAGACCUGCUGGAUCCACUUCCUGCUGACCUGGAAGACCUUCCUGAUGACUUUUUUGAAGUCACGGUGGACGAUGUACGGAAACGUUUGGCACAGCUGCAGAGUGAGAGGAAACGCCUGGAGGAAGCUCCACUGCUGACCAAAUCUUUAAGGGAGGCUCAGCUGAAAGAAAAGCUAGAACGUUACCCAAAGGUGGUGUUGAGAGUCCAUUUCCCUGACCGCCAUAUCCUGCAGGGGUUCUUCCGACCUACUGAAACUGUUGGCAUUGUGAGAGAUUUUGUAAGAAGCCACCUUGCAGAUCCAGAUUUACCAUUUUACUUGUUUAUUGCACCUCCCAGAGUCAUCUUGAACGAUGAAAGUUUGAAGCUCUCUGAGGCUAAACUCUUUCCAGCUGCUGUCAUUCAUUUUGGAUCUGAGGAGCGCAGGGAUUGUUACCUGAAAUCGGACCUGCUGAGCUCUGCAGUUUCCCCUUCUGCAGCUGAUUUAUUGAUGGCCAGAUGUUUGUCCAAACCAUUAGCUCCUUCUGCCUCGUCAUCCUCAGAAUCAAUAGUUCCACCCCUACCUGAACCAGAAGUGGGCAGUGACAAAAAGACUGAACGACCAGAACCAGCAAGAGUGCAUGAAGCUCCACAGGUGCUGAGAAGGGCCCCUGGGAAAAUACCCAAGUGGCUGAAGCUACCAGGUGGGAAGAGAUGAAGCAUCCUGAGCUGCAGUGAGCAUCCAGUUGUGCCUCUUUCCUGAUGAACUACUUCAGAAUUUGUAAGAAAUUGUUGGUGGCCCUGGAGAGAUCUAAAUACAUAUGAACAUUAAUUACAUACAGAAAAUUGCUAUUACUUUCAGCUGCCAGCUUCACCUUUUGGAAGUGUGCAAGGCCUGUUUAUGACUACAGAAGCAAGAUUAGAGGUUAAAUUUAACAUUUCCUGCAUGCAAAUAAUAUGAAUAGAGAAUGGAAGGGAAAAUAAUUCCUAGAUAAUGUCUGUGAAGGAUUGUGAUUUCAUCCAUAUUUUUAAAUCCAAAUCCUCCUAUCUUUUGCCUUUCUAUCCUCAAAGAUAACUUGAGUCUGGCUGCUUGAACUCUAGCAGCAAGGUACAAUUCAAUUUUACCUAUAGUUUAGUGCUGAGUAGAACAAGACCUCUGCUUUUUGCUGGUAAUUCUGGGUAUAGAUGGCUAGAAAGUGGGUUUAAGGGAAGCACAUCACUUACAACAGUUCCAAUUGCCUUUUCUUAUGAAUCUCGUGGUCUACUGCACUUACAGUUUUCAUUUGCCCCAGAACACAGGUAUCUGCUAAUGGAAUUUUCUCUGCACAUAAUUUAUGUCAGUAACUAUGGGUAUAAUGCGGGGAAAAAAAACUCCCAUAAGAAUCUCUUCAUGUCACCAUCAAUCUGCAAACGUCUUCUGUGGUCUGAGAGUUCCCACAGCAGAGUCAGCUGUCCUCUGCGUGCAGUUGGUGUGCAGAGGGAAGUGCUGGUCCUGAAUUUGCCUGCUGCAGAUGCUGCAGUGGGAUGAGUGUUCAGAACUGUGCUUACACUGGAGAUCACAGUGCCACAGCAGCCAUGGUGCUUUAUUUUUAUUUUGAAUCUUCUCCAUGGAUCAGUGAUUCGUAUUGGGCAAGCUGGGGUUCCAUGUUAUGGUAAUAGCAUAUUUUCCAUUUUCCCUGUACAGACAAUUGUUCUCCAAGCUAUGUCUGCAUCUGCACAAUUCUGAGAUGUAAUAAAGCACAGUGGCCAGAGGA